GACGCCUGCGCCAUAAAGACCGCUGCGCGGUGGUGUGCGGAGCUCGCUGCACGCCGCCGCCCCGCCUUCUUUCCUUCUUUCCUUCCUCUUCCGCGCACGUCCAGCUCCGUGUACCUCUCCAGUCCCGCCAUGGCCGCGCUCUCCCGGAACCCGCAGUUCCAGAAGCUGCAGCAGUGGUAUCUCCAGAACAGCGCCGAACUCAAGCUGCGCCAGCUUUUCGAGAAGGAUCCGGAGCGCUUCAACCACUUCAGCUUAAAUCUCAACACCAACCAUGGACAUAUUCUGCUCGAUUACUCUAAGAACCUUGUGACUAAGGAGGUGAUGCAGAUGCUGGUGGACCUGGCCAAAUCCAGGGGCGUGGAGGCCGCCCGGGAUAGUAUGUUCAGUGGUGAAAAGAUCAACUACACUGAGGAUCGGGCAGUACUGCAUGUGGCCCUUCGGAACCGGUCAAAUGCACCAAUUGUGGUGGAUGGUAAGGAUGUGAUGCCAGAGGUCAACAGGGUUCUGGAAAAGAUGAAAUCUUUCUGUCAGCGUGUUAGGAGUGGUGAAUGGAAGGGUUACACGGGCAAAUCCAUCACGGACAUCAUCAACAUCGGCAUUGGAGGCUCUGACCUGGGACCCCUCAUGGUGACUGAAGCCCUCAAGCCGUACUCUGCAGGAGGUCCUCGAGUCUGGUUUGUCUCUAACAUUGAUGGGACCCACAUUGCUAAAACAUUGGCCUGCCUGAACCCCGAGUCCUCCCUGUUUAUCAUUGCCUCUAAGACCUUUACCACCCAGGAGACCAUCACCAACGCAGAGACGGCAAAGGAGUGGUUUCUGACAACAGCCAAGGAUCCAUCUACAGUCUCGAAGCACUUUGUCGCCCUGUCUACCAACACGGCCAAAGUGAAGGAGUUUGGAAUUGAUCCUCAAAACAUGUUUGAGUUCUGGGAUUGGGUAGGUGGACGCUACUCCUUGUGGUCAGCCAUCGGACUUUCUAUCGCCCUACACGUGGGUUUUGACCACUUCGAGCAGCUGCUCUCAGGAGCUCACUGGAUGGACCAGCACUUCCGCAAAACGCCCCUGGAGAAGAAUGCCCCUGUCCUGCUGGCUCUGCUUGGAGUCUGGUAUAUCAACUGCUUUGGGUGCGAGACUCACGCCUUGCUGCCCUAUGACCAGUACCUGCACCGUUUUGCUGCCUAUUUCCAACAGGGUGACAUGGAGUCCAAUGGGAAAUACAUCACCAAGUCCGGUGUCCGUGUGGACCACCAAACGGGCCCAAUUGUGUGGGGAGAGCCAGGGACCAAUGGCCAGCAUGCAUUCUACCAGCUCAUCCACCAAGGUACCAAGAUGAUACCUUGUGACUUCCUCAUCCCUGUUCAGACCCAGCACCCUAUACGGAAAGGUUUGCAUCACAAGAUCCUCCUGGCCAACUUCCUAGCCCAGACUGAGGCCCUGAUGAAGGGGAAAACAGCCGAGGAGGCCCGGAAGGAGCUCCAGGCUGCUGGAAAGAGCCCAGAGGAUCUUGAGAAACUUUUGCCACACAAGGUCUUUGAAGGAAAUCGCCCAACCAACUCUAUUGUGUUCACUAAGCUCACACCAUUCAUACUUGGAGCCUUGAUUGCCCUCUACGAGCACAAGAUCUUCGUUCAGGGCGUCAUCUGGGACAUCAACAGCUUCGACCAGUGGGGAGUGGAGCUGGGGAAGCAGCUGGCUAAGAAAAUCGAGCCUGAGCUUGAGGGCAGCGCUGCAGUGACCUCCCAUGAUUCUUCCACCAAUGGGCUGAUCAGCUUCAUCAAGCAACAACGGGAUGCCAAAGCAGAAUAAGCUUCGCUACAGUCCCUAUCGAUGGGUCCUCCUUGACCCUCUUCACUGGUCUGCACUGCAUGGUCCUGCCCCUUCCUGCCCAGAACAUCGUCCAGUCAUGGGCUUGGACCACAAGCCUUUUGGGAACUGAUCUGGAAUUGGCACCCACCCCUUCCAUGUGUGCACCCUUCCUGUGUGACAACCAGCUGACGUGCUUCGGUGCAUCUGACCUAAGCUCACAUGGUUUGCAUCCAGCUAGAAUAAAGAUGCCACAGAGGAG